AUGCCUGUAGUAAUGAGUAAAGAUGAAUGGCGCCGCAUCGUAGGUUGGACGGACACCGGUCGCGUUGAUACGGAGGCGUUACGGAGGAAAGAGUACAUACGCUACCUGCACGAAACCAGUCGUGCCAUGACUAAGUCAUGGCCCAACUCCUUGGAGAACGUAAACAAGCGUAACGAAGAAUUAAGGCGCGCGCGCAUCGAGGCGGCUGAACAGGCGAACACCAACUUUUACAAGAAGUACGUGAAACGCAAGAAACAGGAGCAGCAGCGGCUUCUGCAGGACGCCAGGGAUAUUAUCUUCCAAAAUAAAGAUGCUUCCAAAAUGUUUUUAAGUGCAGUAAUCGAAACUGAGACCCAGUAUGAGCGUGGGGAGCAAAUAAAGUUCCUCCAGAAGCUUCGUGGUCAGGCCGCUGAGCGGAAGAAGCAAGAAGAUGAAGACGUCAGCCGCAAGGCCAAGGAAUGGAAUGAACUAUUGGAGAUUCAGAAACGGCGUCGUUUUGAAGCCAACAUGCAUUACCAGAAGGAAAUUAUAAACCAAGCCCGAGAAAUCGAGGAAAGAAACAGGCGGGAGUACGAAACCGAGCUGACCCAGCAGAAGAUGGACAAUAUCAAAGCCGAUGAGGAAAUGGCGACCAUCAAGAAGUUCGAACAGGAGAUGAGGGAGGCGGAGAAGUCGCGCACGUUCGCGGACAUGCAGCAGCGGCGACGCGAGGUCCAGGCGCGGCGAGACGAGCGCGCGGCGCGCGAGCGCAUGGACGAGCGCCUGCUGCACGUCAUCGCACGCACCAGCGACCGCGUCGACGCCAUGCGCAAACGCACCCAGCACGAGAUGCAAAAGGAAAAGCUGCGAGUACUAGAGCAGAUCAGUCAGAAGCUGGAGACAGGAGACGCGGCACGGGAGGCGAAGGAACAAGAGAUAUUGGAAAAAGCUGUUAAGGAAAGAGAAGCCAAUGCAGAGGCUCAACGACAAGCGCAAGCAAAGAAGCAAGCGCAGUUGCGACAGGAGCGUGUGGAAACGCACAAGGCACAUCUGCAGGACGAGGAGCGGAGGCUGCACGAGAUGCACACCAUGCGCCAGUGGGAGCUCAUAAACAGAUUCAAAAAUGUUGAAAUAUAUGAGGACUACACGGAGAAGCAACGUCUAGAAAAGGAACACAAAACAAAGGAAUAUAGGGAGGAACUCCUGAGGUUAUGGAGGGAGCGCGAGGAGAGGGAAGCUCGCGAGAAGCAGGCGUGGCAGCGGUGGCACGGCGAGCUGGCCGAGCAGCGCGAGCGCCACGCCGUGAGCCGCGAGCUGGCGCACGGCGCCGCGCUGCUGCAGCACGCGCAGCGCCACGGCCGCCCGCUGCACGCGCUGCGCCGAGCCAUCGACAGGUACUGCAAGCAGCAGCGGUUGUACGCGUUGCCGGAACUACCGCGGAGUCUGCAGGCGCACUUCCCGCAGAACGCGCCGCGGGACCGCGCGCACUGCGCCCGCACCCCGCCGCUGGACGAACCCGCCCCCGCAGCUCCACACACACUUGCUUGCAAAAGGGACGGAAUGAAUCACAACGCUGAGAAUUCAGACACUACUUCAGUGGAAGUACCUGAGGAAGAUUACAAGAGACAAGGCCCUGCAAAUGGUCUGCAGAGGAAGAGUGCACAAAAAGACGAAGUUCUUCCACCGAUCACUGUGGCUCCCUGCGGAAACCCCGGAUGCGGGAAAUGA